AUGAAUAGAAAACGUUCAUUGGAAACUUUGGCUAAACCAGCAUUGCUGGAAAGCGACGAUGCUGAAGACUACGACUUUACUGAAAUCAAUGAUGAAGAGUCUGAUGGAUCGGAUGUUGCGGAUGGAACUACUGCUGGUGAAGAUGAAGACGACAACGAUGAAGAUGAAGACGACAGUUUUGACGAUGAAGACGACAGCUUCGACAAUGAAGAUGACGAUCAAGAUGAUGGUUUUGGCGAUGAACUCGACAGUGACAAGGAAUAUCAAGAGAUUGAAAAAGAAAUGAACAGCAAAAAUUUGUUUAGGGCACUCCGCAGAGCAGACAAGACAGAAAUCGAUCCUUUUUACGAUAGCGAUUCCUCUGAUGAAGAAACCCACAACACAGUUGGAAAUAUUCCAAUGGAAUGGUACGACGAUUUCCCACAUAUUGGUUACGACAUAAAUGGAAAAAAAAUCAUGAGACCGGCACAGGGCGAUGAGCUGGACGCAUUCCUGUCUGCAAUGGAUGAUAAAGACUUUUGGCGCUCCGUUCAUGACAAAAUGGAAGGAAAAGAUGCUAAACUUACUUCAGAAGAACUCGGUUUGCUCAAGAAAAUCCAUAAUCACGAAUUUCCUGAUUCCCAAUUUGAUCCAUAUGCUCCAACCAUUGAAUGGUUUACAAGUAAAGUUGAAGUUAUGCCUCUUAGUGCUGCUCCUGAGCCUAAGCGUCGGUUUAUUCCAUCAAAGAUUGAAGCUAGCAAGAUUAUGAAAAUUGCUCGUGCCAUUAAAGCUGGUUUGAUUGUUCCAGGUAAAAGUAAUAAACCAAAAGCUUCAGACAAGCCAAAGUUUUACGAUAUUUGGGAAUCUGCACCAAAUGAGAUUCAUCGACCUAAUCACAUUGCAGCAUCAAAGAUGACUCUUCCUGAACACAUGGAGUCGUACAAUCCUCCUGCCGAGUAUCUUUACAGUCCGGAAGAGGAAAAGAAAUGGAAGGAAACUGAUGCUGAAGAUCGUCAGAAAAAUUUCAUACCACAAAAGUUCAACAGUAUGCGCCGAAUUCCUGCAUACGAACGAUUUAUUCAGGAGCGAUUUAGUAGAUGUCUGGACUUGUAUUUAUGUCCACGAACAAUUAAAAACAAAUUGAAUAUUGAUCCAGAGUCGCUUAUUCCCAAGCUUCCUAAACCACAGGACUUGCAGCCUUUUCCUUCAAAACUAUCCAUCGAGUACAAGGGACACAGUGCACGUGUCCGAUCGCUUAGUGUUGAUCCUUCUGGGCAAUGGUUGGCUACUGGCUCAGAUGAUAAAACUGUUUGCAUAUGGGAAAUUUCUUCUGGAUGUUGCGUGGAAAAGUUUGUGCUUAAGCAUUCUAUCAUGAACGUGUCUUGGAAUCCCAACAAAAAUGCCAGUUUGCUUGCAGUUGUUUUCGAUAAUCAAGUGAUGUUAAUUGUGCCAACCAAGAUCAAUCACAAUCUUCAAGAAGCGACACUUGAGCUUUUAUCUGAUAUCUUGAGUCAAGCUGGCAAUCCCACUGGGUCGUGUGAAUGGAGUAGACCCAAUGAGGAGGAACAGCUCCUUGGAUUCCGCGUUAGAAUUGCAUUGGCCAAGGGAAUUACUUCACUAAGCUGGCAUCGCAAGGGAGACUACUUUGCAACGGUAUCUCCAGAUGCUGCCACCAGUGCAGUUCAGAUUCACCAGAUUUCAGCUGGUCGAUCACAAACACCGUUUCGAAAAUCCAAGGGAUUGGUACAACAAGUGCUGUUUCAUCCACUCAAGCCUAUCAUAUUUGUUGCUACACAACGUUAUGUUCGCGUAUACAAUUUGGUCAAGCAGGAGCUUGUCAAGAAAUUGAUGUCUGGAUCACAAUGGAUUUCAAGCAUGGAUAUUCAUCCAGGAGGUGACAAUCUGAUUGUGGGCACAUACGAUAAGCGAUUGCAUUGGUUUGACAUGGAUUUAUCUGCUAGACCUUACAAGACAUUAAGAUUCCACAAGGAGGCCGUUCGUCAAGUAGCAUACCACAAACGAUAUCCCUUGUUUGCUUCCAGCAGUGAUGACGGCACAGUUAUUGUUUUCCAUGGUAUGGUAUACAACGAUCUGAUGCAGAAUCCGUUGAUUGUACCAGUCAAGUCACUUAAAGCACACCAGCCUGUGUCUCACCUUGGUGCACUUCAAUGUCAGUUCCAUCCCACUCAGCCUUGGCUGUUUACCAGUGGAGCUGAUGGUAAUGUUAAACUGUUCUGUUGAGUCAAUGGGUUUAUGACGAUCGAUCAUUUGGAAUAAAGAUUACAAAUAAAUGAAUGUUGAAGUUU